CUUUUUCCUGUCUUUUGCUGGGAUUGGGAUGAAUUGAGUUUGGAGAACAAACAGGGACUGGGCGAAUUGACUUUGAGUUGAUGCCGUCGUUUGGAGCUGCAGUAACCUUGUGUUUAUGAACGUGAACGUGAAGGUGAGCGCAAGACUACCAAAUAACUAAGGCCCAUAACUACGACUAGUCAUCUUUAAGUCGAAUGAACACCAACCAUGAAGCCGAUGCUUGCACACAGGCCUGCAGCUGUAUGCAGAUGGCUGACCUCUGAAUGUAGAUGCUGAAGAUGUUCCCAUGCAGUGAUCACAGAUGAUUCAUUUUCUUGUUCAGAUCAUAAGGAUGAUCCUGGAACAUGCAGGUUUAGGCAUGGACUCUACAUUUUGGACAGACAAGCCCUACGGGUCCUCUCGAAGCAUCGUAAGGAGAAUAGCUACCAGUCUUCCAUUGAAACCAUGCCCUAGAGUUCAGUUACAGCUUCAUCCAUACCCUGAAGAAGCAGACAGUUCUAACCAGACAUCCAAUGAAAAUGGGAUAGUAGCUUCCCUUGCAGAUGUUGCCUGGAUUGAUGAGUAUGAAGGUGAAUCUUUUACAAGACUCAGGUCUAAUGUUUGUCCUGGAUAUAUACUUCCUUCUCCGCAAGUACACCGGCUUGGAAAACCUCUCACCAGACAAGUGUCUUUACCAAAUAUAACCAGAGAAGAGCUGGAACCUAAGACCCCAGUGAUUGCUAAUGAUGAGGCAAUACAGAAAAUCAGUGCACUUGAAAAUGAACUUGCCCAGCUUCGAGAACAAAUAGCUAGGAUUGUUAUUGCACAAGAACAGAAUGCAUUGAUUUCUGCUGGGUCCUUAACCCCGUUGGCAGCCCCCCCUGUACCACCACCUCCUCCUCCUCCUCCUCCUCCUCCUCCACCAGGUCUUCAUCGCAGUGUCUCUGCCAUGGAUCUUAUCAAAGAGCGACGAGGAAAAAAAAACAGCUCUGAUAGUGUUCUCCUGGACUCUGGGCCCAAACAGUCAGAAAUACCAAACAUGUUAGAUAUUCUGAAAGACAUGACCAAAGUGAAGCUACGAACCGUAAAAAAACCAAUGGAAGGCACAUCAAAAACAAAACCAGGUGACCCAACAGAUGCAGCAGCUCUAAUAGCAGCGGCUUUAAAACGAAAAUUUGCUCAUCGCUAUAGGAAUGACAGUGAAAAUGAAAAAGAAAUGAAAAUUCCAACUUCUGAAUGCAACACUGCAGCAGAGACAGAGAUCCCAUUUUUUGGACAACACAUGCUGAAAUCUACUGGCAAAAGAAAGGUGUUAGUAAGCAGCACCUCUAAACCUUAAAGGCCCAAAAAAAUCUACUUGAAGGAAAUGGCUCUCAUCUCAAUUUUUAGCUUAUAAAAGCAUAAUUCCAUCACAAUUCAGGAGUAAGUAGCUUCAAAUGACAGUUUAAAAAAAAAAAAAAUAAUAAUAAUUUUAAUGAAGUUUGUAAUGAUUCUGUGUGUGAUUUCUUUUGUAAUUACAAAAGGGCUGGCCUUUUCAGUUAAGGUGCUUUGACAGGUCUGUGUUUAAUAUGGUGUUAUUCAGUUCAUGUUUGAGUAAUUGCUGUAAGAACCACUCAGAAUCAUUACACACUCCUAAAAUGUUACCAGGGCAGCAGAAACAGAACUACAAGUAUAGAUUGAAGCGACUUACUCUUUAAAGUUUAUAGAAUACUAAAUAGAUGUUCAAGAAAUGUGUUUUAUUUUUAAUUUUUAAAAAUUAAUAUUUAAGAUAUAAUAGUUUGUUACUUUCAAUACAUGUGAGACGCUCUCUCUUUGGUUGAAUGAGUCAUUAGGAAGCAUGACUCAUUAUUUAAUUACCUCCAAUUUAGUGUUUUAAAAGACUGCCUUUUUUAAUGUUUCAUAAAGUGUGCCAAGUGAGUACAGUAAGACUUUAACAAAAAAGUCUAAAUGGUACACUAGUGAUUUUUUCCAUCAAAGAAUAAUUUCAAAUCCCACGGAGGGAAGAUACGUAUUUUGGGAAAUCUAGUCUAUGUUAUUGCUGAACAGACAAAUUAGUCAAUAUGGUGAGUGUGUAUAGUGUCUCUUACUUUACUGUAAAAGAGAUGUCAUCUUGUGCAUUUUGGGUUAGAGAAUUAUAAGGCAAAUCUGAGCAGACAGUUUGCGAAAUGAUGCCUCUUAUAUCAAGUGACACCAUAUACAUAGCACUUUUGCAAAAACAAAGAUCAUACUCUGGGAACUUCUUUUACUGCUUGAGAUAAUUUUUAUUUACAUUUGGCCAAGUUCUGUUUAGCUUAGGUGUAUUUUGUACUGGCAAUUUAAACUCAAGAUUUACACUUGAUGCUUACUGUAAUGCUUUAAAACAUGCUUGCAGUGAUUUAAUAUUCCAAUAAACAGAGUAGACCCUUGUGCCUGAUUAUUAAAAAUAAUCAGACUAAUAAAGAAAAUCUGCAUUUUAA